GAUAACUGAAUUAAUUCUAAAAACAUCACAAGGUUCCUGAGCUGCGUUGGUGUUUUAAGGAAAUCUUAAUCAGCGGAACUGCUGUGGAUUUUGUUGAUUUAUAUCAAUUUUCGAUGGCAUUUAGCAUCGGUUACGUAGGAGUGUGUCAGAAGAAUAUUCAGCAUCUCUAUACCACAAGAUCAUUAAAAGAACCGGCUAAACGAAAGUCGCCACAAUACAAGCCUGGGUUUUUGAAUGAUUUAGACGCAGAUAGAAUAAAGCGGCAGAGAAAUCGACCAUUUAUGGAGUACGACUCGAAAAACGACAUAGAACUUCCGAAAGCAAAGGCAUUCCGAAACAUUCCUAAACCGGAAGUGGAUGAAAUUGUCAAGCGUUUGACAAUGCCACCAAAAGAAAGAUUCAAAUUUCAGUAUACGGAUCACCUUGGUUAUAACGAUUGGCGGACUGCAAGGGACGAGAAGAUUUAUCAUUUACGGGAAACGUUGAGCAAAUUUGGAGGGAACAAGAGUCACGUGAUGCCGCCGGCAGUGAAAGAGGAGGAAAAAACGAACAAGAAAGAUAAAAAACAUAAGAAAAAUAAAAAACGGAAACACGAGGAAUCAUUUCCAGAACUAUAACUUUAUGAAGAUACAAUGAGUUAAUAUGAUAAUGUUGUAUAUUGUAUUCAUAGCAUGUUUGUUCUUUUAAACUCGGAAUUACGUUUUGAAAUUUGUUGUCUUGUAUACAAAAAGUAUAUUAAUUAGCAUGCUAAUUAUAAUGUAUUCAUAAUAUGUGUAUAUAAAUUAGAGCUUUCGUUUGGAUAUUUUCCAUCCAUUUUGAUCCAUUUUAAUACUCAUUGAGUUAGUAACGGUUAUAUUUAGUACUUGUGCGUAUAAACGACAAAUUAGAUGUAAAAUACAGAAAUGUAACGUGUGUUCCGGCGGGGGUUAAAGAGACAUUACUGCCUUAAGUGUUUGAUCGAAGUAAUGUUUUGUUUAAUGUCUUGAAUAUCGUGCAAAAAAUGUUUUCUCUUUCUUCAAAGCGCUUGUUUUUAUUUCUCAACAGCUUUUAUUUUUUUGUAUUAUUUUAUAGUUUCCAAAAUGUUACUCAUUGGCAAAUUAUCUGAACCAUUUUCUUCUGUUGCAUUUCUGUUGGCAAAUAGUACAAUUAUAGUGGUUUAAUAUUUUGUAUGGAAGUCAAAAUACUACUUUGUUAAAUUUGCUAUUGUCACGACAAAUAAGUUUACAUUUAGCACUGCUUUAUUAAGAUAAUAUAAUAAGCAUCUAUAACAUACUCUUAAAACCUUUAUUUUAACAUAAUCAAAAUCUCAUGAUUGGCCUUUCUGAAGAAGUAUACAUUAAUCCAUUUCUGAGGCAUAUGUGCCUUUAAUGUCAGGUCUAAGUUAAAUGGUAUAUAUAUCUUUGUUGUUUUGUUAACCUAUUUGAACUGCUGUAAAUAAAUGGUUUCCUACAGUG